AAGUCGGUGUUUCCUCGAAGUUUCAGAUGUGUUGCAGUAUCAGAUAAGAUUUUGACGAGAGUUGCGAGAUUCAUCGGUCGAUAAAAACGAUUAAAAACCACCGAGAAGUGCAUUCCUGAUGGUUCUUGGUGGAUAAAUUGAAUUUCAAGAUUCUAGAUUUGAUAAAUAACAGGGUUAAAAACGAGGGGAGGACUUGGGGGGGGUUAAAGUGCAGUGCAGUUGGCAGUGGAAUGCAGACAGCGGCCAGUCGUUGCGCGUGACAGUUCGGUUUCCUUUUUUUACACAGAAUUUUCUGUUUUGUUUUUCUUUUUUUUUUAAUUUUUUCGUUCAUUUUGAGGGGUUUGUUGGGGGAGGGGUUUUUUGAGGUGGUGAUUGUUUGGGUUGUGGUGUGACACGGGAAGGAUGUCCGAUAAAUUAUUCGCUGACAUCGAGCCAUUCAGUGAGACACCUCUGGAAAAUCCGAGAAUUGAAGAAAUCGAGGUGGACUCUCUAGUACAAAAUGGAAUGGACACAGGGGAAGAGCCCUAUGCUGAGCCUCUUACACCGCAAGAGAUAAGAUGGUUCUACAAAGAUCAAGUUGACAAGAGAUGGGUGGAAUUUUGUGGGUACGACAGUCUCAGGAUUGAAAAUGCCUGGCGAAAUAAAUCGGAAAAAGAGAGGAAUGCGAAUGAAAUCGACAAUGAUUGCGAGAGAGUGGUUGUCAAAGGCGGCAUGUACGAUGUUACCCUCGAUGACAUGAAAUGUGUCUCCAUAUUUUGGGCAGGGGAAGAAUGCGAGAUAAUGAGAGGUACGUGGUACUAUGAGGCGAGUGGAAUUCCCCUGGAGCUAGAGCACUCGAGGGUGAUAGAAGAGGCCCACCUGAGGCUCUUCGAGAAGAGAAACAACUCAACUGCUGGUUCAACUCCAGAACAGGCCUCUCCAUCUCACUCCUACAGAGUUCUCCACACUGAGCGAUUUCCAGAGUUUCAUGUCGACUGGCACGCGAUCAACGAUGUAGCACUUUAUAGUGAAUACACAACUAGUAAAUUAAUGCGCAGUGUGACAUCCAGAUUAGGAUUCAGCAAGACGAGUGGAUACCAAUUGAGGAGAGGAUACAAAGUGAAUGCCUUAAUGACCGAUAAACCUAACGACAUCGAUCAUCUCGUGUUUGUCGUGCACGGAAUAGGACAAAAACGAGAUACUCAGAAAAUUAUCCGCAAUACUGCGCUGUUUCGAGACUGCGUGGACUGGUGCAGAAAAGAGUACUUUUCAUCGACAGCUCACCGAGUGGAGUUUUUUCCAGUUGAAUGGCGUUCCUCUCUGAAAUUGGAUGGUGACAUAGUCGAUGCAAUAACUCCAUACAGCGUUUUGAGCAUUCGUCAUCUGCUCAACUCUUCAGCAAUGGACAUUCUCUAUUACACGAGUCCUCUUUACGGUGGAGAAGUGCGUGCAGGUCUCCAGAGAGAAUUGAAUCGUCUCUACUGUAAAUUCAUCAACAGACACCCAGACUGGAAGGGUAAAGUUUCAGUGCUUGCCCAUUCCCUGGGUUGUGUCAUUGUGUACGAUAUCGUGACAGGUUGGAUGGGUCCAGACACACGGCCACCAUCCCCUACUACUCAGGAAAUCGCUGCUGAUGGCCUUCAGUUCACUAUUGAGAACAUGUUCUGUCUGGGAUCACCUCUCUCAGUAUUUCUAGCUCUGCGCACCAGAACUCCCUCUAACAGAGUUGACGUUAUGCCCCCAGGAUUGUGCAGGAGGUUUUACAAUAUUUUCCACUGGUCUGAUCCUGUCGCAUACAGAAUGGAACCACUUCUCGUUAGGGGAUACAGGAAAAUUGAUCCUGUCAGGAUUCUACCCUAUGGGGGAGUCGAUGGACAACAAAUUGAGGCACCACCGGUCACUCUAGGGAAUGGGGAAAGCCCUAUGCCCACCUCAGACAAUGACGAGAGAGAAACAGAAAGUCCGACGGAAACUCCGAAUCGAAGUGUAGAGAGGGGCUGGAGUUUCUGGGGACUCGUCAGAGCUGGCUGGAACACUAGGGAAGUGGAUACUACGGACGUUAAUCCAAUCGGUCCCGACGAAGAAUUGGAACAACGACUGGAUUAUGUGCUACGGGCAGGUGGAAUGGGUCGGAAUUACUUGUACACAGUGAGGGCACACACAGCCUAUUGGAAUAAUUACGAUGUUGCCUAUUUCGUCCUGACUCGUCUCUUUCCCAACUUGGAGACGUGAUGUUGGCUUGAUCUGUCGAGCGCAAAUGACAAUCCUCCCAGAUUGUAGUGCACAAUAGCCCUUCAUUUCCCAAUAAAUGGGUUUCAUGUGGGCCUCAUACAAAUAAACUCUGUGAGAGGAGACAAGGAGCUUGUCAUCACCUAAAUUAGCAUAAGAAACUAAUUACCAACAAUUUAAGAAGAUUAUAUGAUAGAAAAUUGAUUUUUGAAAACCAUCUGUGAUAACGGAAAAACGAUACAAUAAGCUGAUUACUUCGUAAGCCUGAUCAGUCGAUAAUCGCAUAAUUUUUGUAUUAAUAAAAAAUAUUGAUGGCGUUAGAUUUCCAAUUGUAAAAUUUAUCGAACGUUGAUGAUAAAUGUGAGAGUCCUGAAUUGUUUCUACUUAUUAAACAUAAAAAUUGUACUUUAUUCGAAAGACUGUGCCCCGUUAUUGAUCAGUUGUCGAUCUGUUUACUGUUUGGGUCGUCUGCCACAUCGAAAACUGAAGAGCUAAACUAAUUUUAAAUUCACGAGAAUCUCUUCAAACAUCUGUUAUUAAUUGUUCAAUUAUAUCCGCAAUGGGUGAAAUAAGCUGUCGAUUUAACUUCUGCAAUUCACACCUUCGCUACAGAUUCUUGUCAGAUUUUUUCAAGUAGAUUAAUCGAAGAAUCAUCAGUCCUAAAAGUGUCAUACCGUCUCAAACUAGAGAAAAAUAUUAAACCAAUUAAUUUUAAUUUCACCUCGAAGUGCAAGUGCAAUUGGAAUGGGGCACAGACAUUUUUGUGGCCAUCAGUUGCAUUGUUAAUCAGUGAAACCCAGUCACGUAGGCUAAGCACAAGGAGAAACGAACCGAGGGAUUUUUUAAAUAAAUUAAUAACUUUGUAGAAAAUUCAAUGUUAUGAUUCAUGAAGUUGAAAUAAAAUUGUUGUUAUAGCACAUUGAGAAAAUAAUAAAAUCAAUCAGUGAAAGCAAUUCACAAUUCAUCGACAUCACUUUAUUGAAAUAUAAAAAGACUACUCGAGCCAUUGCGCAUUACCAUCACACCCAACAAUUUAUUACAAUUCACAUCGCAUUAAUUCGUUCACUUCACGAUAAAAUAUUACCUCACAAUGUACCAGCACCUUAACAAAUAUUCCUAUGGCCACUCGGGAAUUAAAGUCAUUAAACCCACAAGAGCUGAAUAAAAUUAUAAACAAUAUUCCAACAUUCAGUGCACUAAACUCUUUGUACUCAA